AAAAGGGAUCCAGGAAGCAACUUAGAAAAAGGAGUCAUCUAUUCCUAAGGAACUUAAUCCUCCUCACCCCAAAUCACAGGGAUGAUGGAAAUGGCUCUUCUCAGGAUGGAGUGAAAAUAGACUCAAGAUUCAGGAAGAUGACACAGGAGCCUUGAGAACGAAGACAUUCAGUGAACCACAGGGACACCUAGCAAGAGACCUGAUGAGGAGGUGAAUGAGGGCCACAAGGAGGUCACUGACCUUGUGGUCCUGAAGCCAACGUGUGUUUCUUUGCAAGAUUAUCUUCAGGGACUGGUGAAGGCUGGACACAUCAGCCAUCCAGGGAAAAGGACACGUGUACAUGAAGAUGGCCAUAUGAGCCAGGAGAGAGAUGAGGAACAGCUCACCUCUUCAGAACUUCAGCAAGAUGAAAACCACUCACUCCAUAACAUGCCAGGACUGCGACCAAGCUGCUUAAAGAAGCCCCAUGUGCCACGCCCUUGCUCUGCAGCUUCGGGAGACCAGUGGACCUGGAGAAGGAUGACUAUCAGAAGGUGGUUUGCAACAAUGAGCACUGCCCUUAUAGCACCUGGAUGCACCUGCAGUGCUUCUAUGAGUGGGAGAGCAGCAUCCUGGCACAAUUCAACUGCAUUGGCCGGGCUCGCAGCUGGAAUGAGAAGCAGUGCCGUCAGAACAUGUGGACCAAGAAGGGCUACGACCUGGCCUUCCGAUUCUGCUCCUGUCGCUGUGGUCAGGGCCACUUAAAGAAGGACACAGACUGGUACCAGGUGAAGCGGAUGCAGGACGAGAAAAAGAAGAAGUCUGGAUCAGAGAAGAACACAGGGAGGCCCCCAGGGGAGGCUGGGGAGGAGGCAAAAAAAUGCAGGCCCCCAAACAAGUCUCAGAAAGGCCUGAACCAUGAUCUCCCCCGACGACAUUCCAUGGACCGGCAGAACUCCCAGGAAAAGGUCGUCAGUGCCACAGCCUAUGGUGCCCGUUCCCCUUGUGGCUCCCCUGGCCAGUCCCCACCUACUGGCUACUCUAUCCUUUCCCCUGCCCACUUCAGUGGUCCCCGCUCCUCCAGAUACCUUGGGGAAUUCUUAAAGAAUGCCAUCCAUCUUGAGCCUCACAAAAAGGCCAUGGCUGGGGGCCACGUGUUCAGAAAUGCCCACUUCGAUUAUGCUCCAACUGGGUUAUCUGUUCACAGGGGGGGACACUUUGAUACCCCUGUACAGUUCCUACGGCGGCUGGACCUCUCUGAGCUCCUCACUCACAUCCCCAGGCAUAAGCUGAACACUUUUCAUGUAAGGAUGGAAGAUGAUGCUCAAGUGGGCCAGGGCGAGGAUCUACGGAAGUUCAUUCUUGCAGCCCUCAGUGCCAGCCACAGAAAUGUUGUAAACUGUGCUCUGUGCCACCGGGCACUACCUGUCUUCGAACAGUUCCCUCUGGUGGAUGGAACUCUGUUCUUAAGCCCCUCAAGACAUGAUGAGAUCGAAUAUGAUGUUCCUUGCCACCUUCAAGGGAGACUCAUGCAUCUGUACGCAGUAUGUGUGGACUGCCUGGAAGGGGUUCACAAGAUCAUCUGCAUCAAGUGUAAGUCACGGUGGGAUGGCAGCUGGCACCAGCUGGGCACCAUGUACACCUACGACAUCCUGGCUGCUUCUCCCUGCUGUCAGGCCCGCCUGAACUGCAAGCACUGUGGGAAGCCAGUGAUCGACGUGCGGAUUGGCAUGCAGUACUUCUCUGAGUACAGCAACGUCCAGCAGUGUCCACACUGUGGGAACCUGGACUACCAUUUCGUGAAGCCAUUCUCCUCCUUCAAAGUUCUCGAAGCUUAUUGAUGAAAGCUUUGCUUUAGUAAUAGCUAUUUUAUUGAUAUUAUUACUUUAUUACAUAUCUUUUAUAGGGAAACAUUCUGUGACAUUAAUUUCUUUUCUAAUUUAAAGCAGAGUUACUUUGUAUGUGUGCCACUAAAAUGGGGACUGCCCUUUUCCCUGUCUUGAUUCCCAAAUGUUAGUCUUUGGUCAGGACCAGAUAGAUGAUCGAGUGAGUUUGGGUAGGGGUUUACUCUCACCAAGAGUCUGAUGCAGCUUUAAGGUUGUGGGGAGGAUGGCAUGGAUUUAGGAAGGGGAUUAUGUGGCUAUAAACUAAAAGCCUGAUAGGAGUUUGGAGGGAGCUCUUACUAAAAUGUUAACUAUAAAGACCCGCUUUUAGAUCCUCAGUGGACCUUGGGGAAACAUAUGACAAGUGAAUGUAAGUCUGAGCCUGGAGAGCAAAAUAGUGUAUUAGGCUUUUGCAGCUUAGUAUUCUGCAGCACAUAUUGACAUGCAAUUUACUCUGACAGAUGAUUUGAAAGUGGACAUGAGUGCUGUUUCUUUCACUGUUGUAAUUUAACAGUCAGUUUUCUUACUGAAAAUAAUACCCAAAUUAUAAGAUAUCACAGUUGUUGGUGUUGCAAAUAUUUUUAGGUAAGCUGACCUGUAACAGAGACUUGUGAAAUGAAUUUGGAAAUGAUGUACACUGAAUCAAGAGGGCAGAAAGGCAAAACUUUGAUCAACUUCUAAGUCAAGAUUCAAAUGACAAACUAGCUCUUAAGGAUAAUCCUUACAUAACGUGACUUGGAAAGUAAUAGUUUAUAUAGGUUGCACUGUUGAAAAUGCUGUUUGGUACAUCCUUUUUGCAGGAAAUCUCUCAGUCACAGAACCUAAUGGGUAAGCUUCAGAACCAGUUAUGACAAACUUACUUCCUCAUAAUACCUCAUAGCCACACUUAGCACAUUUAAAACUGAGUUUCCAAAAUUGAAUAGUUGAUCUAAGGAGGGAAAGAAAAAAAUUGAGAGAAUGAUGAAGAUAAUAAUUUUGAUACUUCUUGUUAAGGUGCGUUUCAUUUUGGAGAAUCACUAUAGUACAUAAUGAUAUAUCUCAAGAUCUCUAGGAUACUUUAUUUCUGCCCCCCCCCAAAAAAAAAUCACAUACAGAAUUUUGGGCAUUCCAAAAUACAACUUUUUGUUCAUUAUAUCUUGGUGAUUUAAUACACUGAUAUGCCAUGCCCUGGUAGAAUUGGAAUUGAAAAAUUAUUUCUCAUAAGUGAAUUUGAUAAAAUUAAGUUAUAUAUAUAUGUGUAUGUAUAUACAUACAUAUGCUAAAAGAAUACUAAAAAUAAUAAUCUUAUGAAUAGCCACAUUUGGGGUUGGUGUGAAUAUUUUAUAUUACUCAUUUGGUUGAUACCAUUUUUUUUCUCAGUGUGUUUUUUCUUUUUAGAAGUAUUUAGGCAUUGCAAGUGAAUUUCAGUUCUACUACAUGAAGCAUUUGAUGUUUUGUUUGAUUCAAUACAGCAUUGAAGAACCAAUGCAUUCACUUAAUAUUCUUCAACUUUCAAUUGUGAUGAUUGUUAUUUGGUUUUCCGCUUCUGAUUUGGUGUCUGAUGAUCUGAAAACUCUUUCACAGUGGAAGGAAAUGCUCAAAAUGCUUACGAGAAGCAGAAAAUCAAUAUUGGUCAGACGGUGUUUGAUGCAGCUUCAAGAGGUCUAUAGGACAUAGCCUUGAAAGUUUCUCUUUGAUACACAAAGCUGUAAUUGUGAAUUAACUAUUUCCCUAUUGGUUCUCUUAUGCACCAAGUAUAAGUUUCUCUUGUCUUCAGAGAACCAUUUGGAUUUGAUAUCUGAAUUUAGAAUAAAUGUUAAAAUAUUUGUAAUGCAAUUCUUUAACUCACCUACAUUUUUCUAGUGAAACCUGUUUAUUGUUAUUGUAAAAGUUGAUCUAUAUACUGCAUCAGCAAACUCUUCAGUUUCAAACCAUUGUGGGUGUAGUGAAUGCUACAUUCACUGUUUUCUCCUUAAAUUGUUUUCUAUACUCUGAAAAGUAAGUAUGAUGAGGUUUCACUAUAAUUAAGUAAAAAAAAUUUUUGGAUGUUAUUUUGGUGGUUAAGUCAGGAUUCUGUGGAUGUAUUCAGUCAUAUACAAAGAGAAACUGAAUAUCUUUUGCCUUUUCAACAUUACAUUUUUGUCUAAAAGGAAAAAUUGGGCCAAUUUGAGAAGAAAAUAUAGUUGAGUAUGCAACACCAUAAUGAUAAAUAUCUUUUUGGGAUCUGCUGACCUUAAUGUUUUCUCCAAGCUUUUCCUGAGUACCUUGAUGGCAAUUGGGAUAUGUCAAGAAAGAUUAUUUUUGUUGUAGGUAGGACAUUAAAGGAUAUCAGUCACAAGGAGAUCCAGUUUCUGUCUUUCUGAUGAGCAGUAUUCAAUAACAUAAAGGCAGUCUUAAGAAUGACUAAUAAUUUCAAAGUGGUCUUUUAUCUGACAUUUUUGUCACUUAUUUUUAAGAGUUCCAUACCUUGAACUAAUUAUCUGCUUUAGUUUAGAGAGAAGACAAUUUCUCAUUGAUCAUUUUCUCUUCAGACCAUCUUAGCUCUGUACUUUCUUCUGGUUACAUCUGAAGCAGUUAAUUAUACUGGGCUUUUACCUAAUAAAAGAUAACCAUUGUGCUAUGAAAUUGAGAUAUGGGUAUGUUUUCCCAUUCUAAUUACACAGGAACAUCCUCAUGCACCUUUUAAUAUCUGGUUUUUGUAAAAGAAGUUAAUUUUCUGAAUAAAAUGAAUUUUUUUAUCUGGGGAAAAUUAAUUCAUCAAGAAAAAAUAUUGUUAGGUGUUUAAACACUAAAACUAACAGAUCCAUGCAUAGCUUAUUAGACUACAAGAAUUAACUUGCUGAAAAUUUUCAUUUAGUCCUGCAAGACCAAUGUUCAGUCGUCCUAAGCCCAGCCCAGGUUGGUAACCCCAGUUUGCUUUUUCUAUUUAGUUUCAUGGUAACACCUGUUGAGCAGUUUUAGUUGGAGGUUGGGGAUAGAUAUGAGGAGAAAGUGCCCUUGUUUAGUGUUUGGGUUCCAAUAAGAUGCUGCCUAAGCCAUUUCAUCUCCAUGUCCUGUUUACUUUAUUAUUAUUCCAGAUAAUUGGAAGAAAAUAAAACAGGUGGGCACCAUCAAAACCAGCUCAAAACAUAUUGUUGGUAAAGAUCUCUUGUCAAGAUAUUUUGGAUUGCACUUUUUUUGAGGGAAGACAGUGUAAAUAGUUGAAGAAUGUUAAUAAAAUUGAAACAUUUGGUUAUGGAAUUGUGUGUGGUGUUAGAGGGUUUCUGUUUGUGAAAUGUAUGUAUUAAAAUAAAAAUUUCAGAAACUAA